CUGCUCACCUCACUCUGUGUUGUACCGUGAACAGCGACGGACGUGCGUUCUUUUAGCCUCUUACGUAUACGUAGUCUCCACCACACAUAGUUUGACUGCUUCCCAAGAUAAUCAAGAAAACCAACCUGCACCGAAUGUGACGAAUUGUGUAGCAAUUGAAGCUCAUACCUCAAUUGACACCAACCAACAAACAAACCCACCAGCAUUUGCCGUCUGAAUGUAACCAGUUCUAGUCCGAGUUUGUGUCGAAAUAGUGUCUACAAUUGUGAAGUUUGCUGCAGCCUCCAGGAGAACCAGGAGAAAAAUCAUUAUUCUACGCAUCGACCGAGACUGAAAGUGUUUGUUUAUAGCGAGUGUUUUUGGCGAGUUGGAGCAAGUUCGUGACAUUGCAACGAGCUAGUUGAAAAUUGAAGGUUACGCCAAUUUUGAUGUGUAUCGAUACAGUCGUACGUAAACCUGCCAGUAAUACCCACAGUGAGUAAGUUUCGAUUUGAUUGGCAGAGUGUUGUCUAUAUAGUUAAGUAGCAAGUGGUACGUGACAGAAAUGUGAGUUGCAUACAAAACCUGCCCCUCAAAGAAGUUCAAGGUUUAUGAAGCCAUUCAGAAGGAGAAGUCAUGUGAAGCGUUUCAAUCUUCUCGAACGAAGAUUUGGUCCUGAAUUACUACAUUAGUAAGUCACAUCGCACAAACAGCAGCGCACAACUACACGCAAAUAGUUUGCAAAACCACCAAAAAUCACAUUGGUUUCAUCGCGUCGGAAAAUUGGCCCUCCACAACCAGCAGUAACAUAAUCUAGUCACACAAACCGUCUUAAAAACAAAGUACAAUUACAAUGGGAAACCUAGCCUCCUCAAGCACCAAACUGGCGGAAAAGUGUCCGAUGCUGGAGAAAAGCGAACUCCCGCUGGUGGCCAGCUCGUUCCGCUUGGUCAGCAAAAACUCCGACAAAUGCAAGGAGGAAGAUUUGAUGAAAUUUUGGGGCUCCCAGAUGGACCCCCGACUGGCUCAGUACAUUACAAACUUCCUGUUCGGACCGCUCGGCUCGCGAGCCGGAUUCGUGGAACUGCCGCGAUUUGCCGAACUUUACGUGUACACCGUGCGUGGGACCCGCGACGAGCGAAUCAACGUGCUGCUCAGUAGUUUGGGCCAGUCGCCGGACUCGGAGUCUACCGAGAUUGCAUAUCCGUUAAUCAAAGAGUAUGUGGAGGCCGUAGUCAGCAGUUACAUGCGUGCGAUAAGGCUCGAGGGAGGACCGGAGUUCAAAUCGUGGGAGUCCCGUGGGUUCCGAAUCGUCAAGGAGUGUAUCCAGAAGCUGGCCGAGAGCCUAGCCUAUGACGUGGUACAACAGGGCACGCAGAAGGUCACCAGGGCGGACGCCGAACGAUGGCUCGGCCUAAAUCCCAUCUUUCUCAAAAUGCUGGAACACGUGUUUUCCCACUUGUACAACUACCGAAACGUGAAAAACAGCUCCGACGAGAAGCGAAAGGAUGCCGACGGGGACGAAAGCAAGGCCAGCAAGCGCAAGGAACACGUCCCCCAGCAAGAAGUUGUGCUGCACACAAUGUUGCCGCUGUGCGAGGGACUUCAGUACAUGCCGGACUAUCCCGCCUUCACCGACCUGUCUCAGAUGCUGUUUGUGAAUGCGAAUCUGCCCACGGCACAGCAGAACAAGUGGCGUUUCCUGUUUUCGUCCCAAAUACACGGCGAAAGCUUCUCCACAUUGCUGGGUCGCAUCGUUGACCAGGGCCCAACGGUGCUCAUCGUGGAGGACUCCAACGGGUACAUUUUCGGCGGGUACGCAACGGAAUCGUGGGCCCUCGGGCCAAACUAUCUGGGCAACGAUACGUCGUUUCUGUUUACGUUGCGGCCAAAGAUGCGCACCUUUAGUGCGUCCGGGUACAACGACCACUACCAGUAUCUGAACCUGCACCAGCAGACGAUGCCGAACGGGCUGGGUCUCGGCGGCCAACACAACUACUGGGGCCUCUGGCUGGACAGCGAGUACGGCGAGGGCGAGUGUUCGGAGUCGUGCACCACCUUCAAGGGCUACUUCCAGAUGAGCUCCACCAAAAAGUUCACCGUGCGCAACGUCGAGGUGUGGGGCGUCGGCGACAAACCGGUCAAGGAGAAUGAAUCGGAGGAAAGCUCCGUGCGGUCCGUGCUGGACGGGAACGCCGACAGCAAGGCGAUGCUGAAGAUGACCGGCCGCGAGCAGUACUCGGACGGGUACCGAGAGGAGCCGAAGGAUUAAAGGUUGAGACCGAACGCCAGAAAUCAGUUACAGUUAAAUUCCAAGUUUCGUGAGCCGCAGAUCAACCUGGUUGACGUGCUGGACACGUUUAAUUUUAACUUUCUCUAGAUCUUUUAAGGGUUUAAAAAAAUAUAUAAAAGCGAUCCGGGGCAGAGUUGAA